CGGCCCCUCGCGCAGAUCCGUCAUGGCUUCCACGGGGGCGAGUCGCAGCCUUGCUGCGUCUCAGCGGCCGCCGCAGGGCCGCUCCUCCCGACAGGACAAGUAUUCGGUGCUUUUGCCCACCUACAACGAACGGGAGAACCUGCCGCUCAUCGUGUGGCUGCUGGUGAAGAGCUUCUCCGAGAGUGCAAUCAACUAUGAAAUUAUAAUCAUAGAUGAUGGAAGCCCAGAUGGGACAAGAGAAGUUGCUGAACAACUGGAAAAGAUCUAUGGGCCAGACAGAAUUCUCCUAAGACCACGGGAGAAAAAGCUAGGCCUCGGAACUGCCUAUAUUCAUGGAAUAAAACAUGCCACCGGAAACUAUGUUAUCAUUAUGGAUGCUGAUCUCUCACACCAUCCCAAAUUUAUUCCUGAAUUUAUCAGGAAACAAAAGGAGGGUAAUUUUGAUAUUGUCUCUGGAACUCGCUACAAGGGGAAUGGGGGUGUUUAUGGAUGGGAUUUGAAAAGAAAGAUCAUCAGCCGUGGGGCCAAUUUUAUAACUCAGAUUUUGCUGAGACCAGGAGCGUCGGACUUAACAGGAAGCUUCAGAUUAUACCGAAAAGAAGUUCUACAGAAAUUAAUAGAAAAAUGUGUCUCCAAAGGCUAUGUCUUUCAGAUGGAAAUGAUUGUUCGAGCAAGACAGAUGAAUUACACCAUUGGUGAGGUUCCAAUUUCAUUUGUGGAUCGAGUUUAUGGUGAAUCCAAGUUGGGAGGAAAUGAAAUAGUCUCAUUCCUGAAAGGGUUAUUGACUCUCUUUGCUACUACAUAAAAGAAAUUAUUCAUUUAUGCUUCCCAUGUUCAUUUCAAUUAAAAGUAAGAGAAGCCCGGGUCACUGAUUUUUAUCAAUGUUCUCUUAACACAUGAGCCAAAGGUAAGACAUUUAAUAUGGAUCUUUUCUCUGGAGAAACUCCAUUUUAUAUUUCAAAUUAAAAUGUAAAGUUCUUGGUUUAGUGAGCAAUGUCCUCAAUUUUCAUGUACAUUAUACUGUAUUAAUACCUAUAAAUAAAUAUAUAUAGGUUUUGCAUAAAAUGUUGCUGCUUUCAUUUAGAUAAUGUGAGUUCUCUUAUGAGAAAAUAUAGAAUACUUCAUAAAACUAGAUUGUUCUUUAUAUACCUAGAUGUUAGAAAGGGAAGCUUAAUUAUAUUUAGAAAAUAUAGUUAAUGUAUAAACUAGAAAAGAAAUAAACUCUCUGACCUUAAAGUCCCUCUCAGAUACCUGAACCUAGAUAAAGCAGUACUCCCUGCAUGCAGACUUAGCAUAGCCUGGUGAGGAUGCUUGUCUGAUCAAAGCAGACGUGCAGAGUACAGUGUGGGUUGGAAGCAGCUCAGCAGUGGGGACACAUAACUGUGCUCUUGGUUUUUUUUCUUUUUUAAGCAAUAACUUCUAUUGGAAAGAAAAGUAUUUUAUCUUGUUUUAUCUCCAAAUACUUGUUUGUACAUUAUUUCAAUACCUCAACAAAACUUGUCACCAUGACAGAAAAAUAUCUGUACUAUUUUUCUUCAUCCAGAAAAAUGUUCUCUUGUUAAAAUGAAGGAUAGGCUGUUCCCUGCAGCCAGGGCAGAUACUUAAUUUAUCAGGCAGUGAAUUUCUGACUGUAGCAUAGCUUUCAGAUCAUGUAGUGUGUUUCAGGGUCUCUCUUUGUAACAGGCCUGGCUGUCCUGGAGCUGUCUUUGUAGAACAAACUGGCCUCAAACUUAGAGAUCCAUCUGCCUCUGUCUCCCAAGUGAAUAUUUUAGGUUUAGAGUGAAUACUAGUUGCAUGUCCUUUGCAAGAAAAAAAAAGAAGAAGAGACAUCUAAGUUACUGCAUAAUCACAUUUAGUGAACAGAGUUUGGGUGUCAUAUAGGCCAUGCUGACUUCCAACUUACUCUGCAGUCAAAGCUAGUCUUGAAUUACUGGUCAAGUGCUAGGAUUGUGAUGUGCACCAUCAUACGCCCCAGCCUGUAUACUUGUUCUCCCGCCUUACUUGGGCUGCUAAGGAAACUGAAAGUCUUAAAUGUUUGCUCCCAUCUUUCUGGCUGAUUGUAACAAGAAUGAACCUUCACUACGAGCAUGAAAGCCUUGCCAGGCAGUCCUAGCUGGGCCUGAAGUGCAUGUUCAAUAAGGGCCGCUGUUGUUGUGUUCAAGCAUCCGUGGGGAAGUGACUUCUUCAUCCUUAUAACUAGAAUAUUUAUUAUUGUUCAAUUAAAUUAUGUUUUAAGCCAAAGUCAUAGGA